AUGAAAGCAAGCGGUGAAGGUGGUGUCGUUGUGACGGUGGAUAGAGGUCAAGGACGAAGGCAAGGCAAGGUUUACAAUAUGCAUGGGUCAUCUUCAUCUUCAUUAAGUAUCAGAGAACCCUGUUUCUGUAGGCAUAUGAAAAAAGCAGAUGAGAUAAUUCUGUCUAUUCCUUCUGAUGCUGCUUGCAAGCUGUGGGGUGUUGAUAUGGGCCCUACAAAUGUGGACAUACAUACUGAUGAUGGCCGCAUUUUUAAUGUUUGUUUAAGCUACUCUAAAGGAAAUUUGUUCCUUUUCCAUGGAUGGUCCAAUGUAACACAACAUUUGGGACUAUCCGAAGGAUGUUUUAUAGUAUUCAAUCCCCUCGAUUGUACUACGUUUAAAUUAACGCAUUUCAUUGAUGGUGUUAGCGGUAAUACCUGA